CCUGAUCGCCCAGUUCACUCUUCUCUUAUCUUCAUAACAAAUCCCGCAUUUCUUCAAACUGUUUAUUUCUAGUUUCUUGAGCUUAUAGUAGAAUUAAGAAAAUUUUGGGUCUUUUGAUUAGGUGAUCUAAAAUGGUGGAUUUAAGUGAUAAGAGUAUAAGAUCUGAAGAAAUGAGUAGUGAAAUUUCUUCACCAGAAAGGAGUGAUGUUAAGACUUGUGCUGAUUGUGGUACAACUAAAACUCCUCUUUGGAGAGGUGGACCUGCUGGUCCCAAGUCACUAUGUAAUGCCUGUGGGAUUAAAAGCAGGAAAAAGAUAAGAGCGCUUCUGGGGUUGAACAAAGAAGACAAGAAACCAAAGAAAUCAAUGGCAUUUGGAAACAAAAGCAUUGGACUACAGCACCAAAGUUGUAACAGUAGUAGCAACAGUGAAGAUAGUAGAAGCAAUAAUUUUGGGAAGAAAACUGUUUCUUCAUUGAAAAGGAAAGUAUUUCCUUUUGGAAGAGAAGUAAUUUUGCAGAGACCAAGAUCAAGUUCUACUCAGAAGAGGAAGUUGGGAGAAGUAGAACAAGCAGCAUUUUUAUUGAUGGCUCUUUCUUGUGGCUCUUUUUGUAACAAGUACAAUAAUUAUGUUUCAAUCCGAAAUGACCAUAUGAAAACAUGAAAGAAAAAAUUGUAGUGGCUGUAAAAGUAGUGCCAUUUGUGAGUUGGUUAAGUGAGUGAGUUAGUGUAUGAGUUGAAUGAUCAAGAAGGAGCUUAAUCAAGUUGAGAGCUCUACAUUUUAAAUUUAAUUUAUAAUUUUAUAAUAUUUUAAUUACAA